AUGUCAUUUUCUUAUUUCCUGCCCUAUAACCGAUAUAACUCCAAACCCUUGAGCGAAUAUACACAUAAAGUUCUCUGGUAUUUACUGGGCAUCAUUUUUACAUCUGUAGGGCGGAGACACAAAAAACGACAGAUGGAAAGGGAGAAGGACCGAUUUGGCGAGGAAGACUUUAGGCAAGGUCUCGAGGUUUUGGAUAACGAGAUGGGUAAGGAUGACUGGCUUAUUGCCUUCGCACCCAUCACCCUCAUCUCGACAGGAGGAUUCCUCGCGACAAACUUCUUUCGAAAUCGCGAAAGCACAGGCGACAUAGACUACCUCCUAGAACCGCAAUGGGCGCAUGAUAAUGACAUCAAGAAGCCAUUACAGAGUGCCAUCACCCGAGCAGCCCGACACCUCGGAUUCAUCGACGACUGGGUAAACGAGGAACUCGCUUUUUUCGUGCCGGAUCAGUUCCGGCAGCUCCUGUUUGAAAAGGCCGAGGAGCAGAACAUUGUUUUAUGGGAAGGGACACAUCUUCGAGUUUUGGCCGUGCCGUUGGAAUGGGCGCUCGAGCGGAAGCUACGUCGCAUCCACAAUAGCAAGAGGCACGCAAAACGUGCGUCUGAUGUCGCCGAUGUGCUUGCGAUCCUGAAGCAUCUGCGGACACAGAAUGAUGGGCCUUUGGACAGAGAGAAUAUCCGAACCCUGAAUAUCUGCUCCUUCGAAAUAGCCCCCGACCAGACAACGAUGAAUGAGAUCGCUACUGCUUAUCAAGAGCAAUAUAACGAGGAAGCUUUUUCCUGA